AUGGAAAAACAGAUUGAUGAAAAUGCAGUAGGCCAUGCACAGAAAUUCCUGGCCAAUAGUUCAAACAUUGAACAAUUUGAGAUGCUCCUUUGCAAGCAUUUCGAUCCUGGCUCAGUAUCUGAUGGUAAAAAGUUGUAUUUUAUGAAGAAAAUAUACCGUAAAUUUUUAAAAUCACGACAAAAUGCUGCUGAUCUUCUAAACCACCUAGAGAAAAUCAAGCUGAAGGAGAAAGAGGCUGACAGCUUGAAGAAAACCCUACUCUCGAACCAGAAAAACCAGAGCAAGGAUAUUUUAGAGAUGGAGAAGGCUAUCAAGGAUGAUAUUACUCAAUACUUGAAGGAUUUGAGGACUUACAAAGAUAAAUAUGCCUAUCUUCAGAAGAUCAACAUUAAUCCAGCCCUCACUCGUGGCGAGAAGCACACCUUGGCUGACUAUGUUUCGCUUGAAGAAAUAGAAGAGAGCAAGGAAAAUCUUGAUUCUAAUAAGGAGAAACUUCUAACCAGGUUGAAGAAGCUUAAUCAGAACAACCAAAAUUUACAAAGUAUGAUCAAUGGCUUACAGGAAAAUGUAGGUGAACACGAGAAGGAGAUGCCUUAUUAUUCCAAGUUACUCUCAAACGCAUACCAGAAGCUGAAGGAAAUCGGCAGGAGAUCCGGCCUCACUGAAUUUGACAGCAACCCUGACUUAUUAGGCAAAGGUGAUCAUGAGUGGAAAUCAUCAGAUAAGGACCAGUACAAGGUCCUUUCUGAUGUUCUCAAGACUUCUUUGGAUACUCUUGAAGAGCUGUCAGCAAGCAUAGAAAUAUUGUCCAACAAGUACAUAUAAAUAUGUGUAAAUAAGAACUUUGACAAAUUGUUGGUCAUCAACAAAGCUAUUGGAAUCAACGAAGGAGAAAGAAUCAAGACGUUGAAAAAUUAUGAAGGGUUCAAAAAGGAGUAUAAGUACUUUCAAAUACCUAAAUGUCUCCCAAAGUGUUAUAAUGAGUCUAUCAUGGAGAUCAAGCGCCGUGAUAAGUACAACAAGUUCUUCAAGUACAUCCUUGACAAACUCAAGGCGAUUUGGGAAUACGAGAAUAAGAAACGUGACCAAUUCUUGAACAAAAAUGGACUGUACAUUCCUAAGCGCUUACUCCCCCAAUUAGGAAACAAGGCUCCCUUCUUUAGAAUGAAUAUAAAGGAGAUAGACCUUGAUGAGUGCCCUCAAGGGUUAAUUUUGGAGCAGGACAAAUACAUCAAUGGAGUUGACAGCAAAGUUUAUUAUUUUGAGAAAGUCUUCGCUGACUUAAUGAAGAAGAUGGAGAAGAGCUCAAAACAUCUAAAUCCAAAAACUCCGUAUCUUUCAUCAGAGGUGGCAAAGCUCAAAGCUGAGAUUAAGGCGAUCAAUGCAUCUCAUGAAAAAGAUUUACUGAAAAUUACCAAGCCGUAUAAAGAGGAGAUAUGUAAUCUCACAGUUGAACUCCAAGAACUUAAACAGAAAGAUCAGGAAAGGACUCAGAAUGUACUGAAAGAUGCAGAGCAAAAGAUAAUUGCUUUGAAAACCCAAAAUGCGGACCUCUCAAACCAACAUAUGGAGCUCAAAAACCAGCUCAGCCUACAAAUCCAAGAGAAAUCCCAAAUAUUACAGAAAAACGAGAUCAUGAAACUAGAAAUUGAACAACUAAAUACUACAAAGAUUGAUACUGAAAGGUUAAACCAGCUUAUGAGUGAAGCAAUCACAAAUCUCAAAAUUCCGGUUGAAUUACCCGCUGAUGAGACCUUCUUUGAAAGUGGGUUCAAACAACUUUGUAAGAGGUACUAUGAGCUAAUGACCGAUGUCAAACAUUUGGUCUCUGAUGAUAAUUAAUCUCUAACGUAUUGAACCAGCCUCAUACACAUCCUAGUUUGAAGCCUGUUUUGCCAGGGUCCCACAUUUCCAUAAAAUUCAGGUAAAUUAUAUCAAAUUCUGU